UGCUUCCUCUUCUGUCCGUUAAGGUCCUCCCAGUCGUCACUAGGGCCUUUUGUCUAUGGAUGUGCUCCAGCACUUCAGGCUUGUUCUUCUCUGGGACCAAAGGAUUCUUUCACAGGAGAUUCUGCUCCCCAAUUUCCCCCUGAGUGCACCAACUCCUCCAGGAAGUGCUGCGGUUGAGAGUUCUUGGUUGGAAAGCUGCUCAGGGAGUAGCCAUCUCCCUACAGAAAGCAUGUGCGCUUAGGGGAGGCUGGUUUUCUUCUUGGGAUCUUGGAGCCUUGAUACUCGCUUUACGAAGUAAAAGUUACCAGCUGCUGCCUGAGGAAGAGAAAAGACAGAGGCCCCCCAGUGUUCCGAUCAGCAAGAUAACAGUUUCCCACGUUUCCACAACAUGAUAUUGGCAGCUCCUCAACAUAUGGGACUGGCUUGAUUAUUCUUUAGACGGUGACAGAAAAGCAUUGCCCCGAAUACUCGGACAACCAGACAGAUAACCAUGAAAGACAAUGGACAAGAUGAAGAUGAUUAUAAAGAAGUUAAGGUGAUGAAAAAGAAAUUGAUGAGGAAAUUGAGAUCCAGAUGGAUUAGGUGCCUUUCUCAAAGUCAUACAGAUAGAGAGCAGCCUGAAUGUGAACACCUGAUGAAAAGAAUUCCAAGUGUGAAAAAAAGUAAGGAUUGGUCAUAUUCUCUCAUCGUGGCAUCGCUCAUUGGGGCUUUUGGCUCUUCCUUUCUCUAUGGUUACAAUCUUUCUGUAGUCAAUGCUCCUUCCCCGUACAUCAAGACUUUCUACAAUGAUACCUGGGAAAAAAGACAAGGCCACUCAAUAGAUAAUAGUACUCUAACACUGCUAUGGUCUGUGACUGUGUCGAUUUUUGCUAUUGGUGGCCUAGUGGGCACAAUGAUGGUGAUUUUGAUUGGAAAAGUUCUUGGAAGGAAAUGUGUGUUAUUAGUCAACAAUGCAUUUGCCAUUUUAGCUGCAGUGCUUAUGGCUUGCUCACGUCAAGCAGGAUCCUUUGAAAUACUAAUCCUGGGUCGGUUCAUCAUGGGCAUUGAUGGAGGCAUUGCUCUCAGUGUCCUCCCUAUGUAUCUGAAUGAAAUCUCACCCAAAGAGAUCCGUGGAUCUUUGGGACAGGUCACUGCCAUCUUCAUUUGCAUUGGAGUAUUUGCUGGUCAGCUCUUGGGCCUGCCUGAAAUACUGGGACAGGAGUCACUAUGGCCUUACUUGUUCGGUGUGAUCGUCAUUCCUGCCUUUGUCCAACUUGUGAUUCUCCCUUUUCUGCCAGAGAGUCCACAUUAUCUGCUCUUGGAAAAGCAUGAUCAGGAUGGAGCAGAAAAAGCGUUUCAAACUUUCCUUGGGAAAAUGGAUGUCUCUCAAGAAAUUAAAGAGGCCCUUGCUGUCAGUCGGGUUCAGAGAAACAUUCGCGUUGUCUCAGUCUCGGAACUUCUGACGAGGCGUUCUGCUCGCUGGCAGAUAAUUACAGUGAUUAUCACCAUGGCCUGCUACCAGCUCUGCGGGCUUAAUGCGAUUUGGUUCUACACAAAUAGGAUCUUUUCUACUGCUGGGAUACCUACAGAGAAGAUUCCAUAUAUAACCCUGAGUACUGGUGGCAUUGAGAUUUUGGCUUCCAUCUUUUCAGGCUUGGUCAUUGAACGUCUGGGGCGCAGACCUCUCCUCAUUGGUGGCUUUGUGCUCAUGGCGCUCUUCUUUGGAAUCCUCACUGUGACUCUGACACUGCAGGACAAGGCUCCCUGGAUCCCUUACCUGAGCAUUAUCUGUAUCCUGAGCAUAAUUGCCUCAUUCUGCAGUGGGCCAGGUGGAAUCCCAUUCAUCUUGACCGGAGAGUUUUUCCAGCAGUCUGAGCGGCCAGCUGCCUUCAUGAUCGCAGGGACAGUCAACUGGCUCUCCAAUUUUAUAGUGGGACUCCUUUUCCCAUACAUUGUGGAAGGUUUGAAAACAUACUGCUUCCUGGUCUUUGCCGCAAUCUGCAUACUAGGAGCGACUUACUUGUAUUUUGUCCUUCCUGAGACCAAAAACAAGACUUAUGCAGAAAUCAGCCGGGUGUUCGCCAAAAGGAAUAAGGAAAACCUCCCAGCAAAGAAAACAGAGCAAGCCAGAGCCAAUGGACAAGCCAAUGGACAGGCCAACAGGAAGUCUGAGCUAGAGUCUUCUUUCACACUUGACAAUCGCAUCUAAAAUAAAAUCAUUUAACUCGAA